AUGAACAAGGCGUUGAGCCAAGUUUCUAAAUCGCCCUUCACACGAAACAUAGAAGGCGCGAGUCUUCCUCAGCGUUUCCACCAACCCACAUUUACCAUCUAUAAUGGUCAAACAAAUCCAGUGGAACAUGUCAGUCAUUUCAAUCAAAGGAUGGUCAUUCAUUCCAAGGAUGAGGCUUUAAUGUGUAAGGUCUUUCCAUCUAGUUUGGGCCCAGUGGCGAUGAGGUGGUUCAAUGGUUUGAGGGCUAAUUCUAUUGACUCCUUUAAGAAACUCACCCGGGCCUUUGGUGCUCGCUUUAUCACUUGUAGCAGGGUUCCUCGGCCUUUGGGAUCCUUGUUAUCUAUGUCCAUGCGGGAGGGGGAAACUCUAAAGGCCUAUUCAGAUAGAUACUGGGAGAUGUUUAAUGAAAUAGACAAAAAUUAUGACGAUGUGGUCAUUAAUACUUUCAAGGCUAGCCUCCCAGCUGAGCAUGACCUAAAGAAGUCUUUGACUAGUAAGCCUGUUACCAGUGUGCACCAACUUAUGGAUCGGAUUGACAAGUACAGAAAGGUAGAGGAAAACCAAAUACAAGGGAAAGGAAAGACUAAGGUGGUUAAUGCUGUAUUCCGAGAACCAGUACAACAAGUCCUGAAGAAGAUUAGAAACAAGCCGUUCUUUAAAUGGUCGAACAAGAUGGCAGGAGAUCCUAUGAGGCGCAAUCAAAACCUUUACUACCACUAUCAUCAGGAUCAUGGGCACACUACCAAGGAUUGCAGAAACUUGUGGGACCAUCUAGACCAAUUAGUCCGGGAAGGGAAGUUAAAGUAA